UGAAUUUGGUAUAAAUUAAGUGAUAAGGAAGGAAUUACGUAGAUUCCCUCAGGUGGGUAAUAGAAUUGUCGCUCAUUCCUUUAUUGGGUUUUGGAUUUCCUCUUCAAUGGCUUCUAUAUAUUGGCCUUUUUGGAGUUUCUGAGCGAUGCAUUCCUCAUGGAACUGGCUUUUGGCAAAUGGGCAUACGUAUUUUUGCUCUGUUGUUGCCUCAUCUUCCAUGGAGCAUUUUCAGUGGAGGGAUUACAUGGGAAUUCUAAAGUAACAGGAGUGAACUUGGGAGGUUGGCUUGUAAUUGAAGGUUGGAUUAAGCCUUCAUUGUUUGAUGGCAUUCCCAAUGGUGACAUGCUUGACGGAACUGAGGUCCAAUUGAAGUCGAUGACAUUGCUGAAGUAUGUGAGUGCAGAGAAUGGGGGAGGCAUGAAUGUUACUGUGGACAGAGAUGUUCCUUCUUCGUGGGAAACCUUCAGGCUAUGGAGAGUUUCUGCAUCACAAUUUCAGUUUAGGACCUCCCAAGGCCAAUUUUUGACAUGCAGUGGUCUAGGAUGCUCUGUUUCAGCAACUGCAGGAUCAUCUACAACAUCAGAGACAUUUGAGAUUGAAAGGAGUAAUGAGAGAGUUCACAUAAAAACGAACACUGGAGCCUAUUUGCAGGGUACAAUAGGAGGUCAGCUUACAGCAGACUUUCCAGGGAAGCCAGGGUGGGAUGAUAAUGCAGCCACAUUUCAAAUGAUAAUCGUUUCAAAUAAUUUGCAUGGAGAUUAUCAACUUGCCAAUGGUUAUGGACACAAAGAAGCCAAACGGGUCCUUAAGAAACAUCGAAACAGUUUUAUCAGGAUAGACGAUUUCAAUUUUCUGUAUAGGCAAGGAAUUAAUACCGUGAGGAUUCCUGUUGGCUGGUGGAUUGCUUAUGAUCCUGAUCCUCCUGCUCCAUUCAUCGGUGGAAGUUUGGAAGCUCUAGAUAAUGCAUUUUCAUGGGCACAAGCCUACAACAUAAGGUGCAUAAUUGAUCUUCAUGCUGCUCCUGGCUCCCAAAACGGCGUGGAACAUAGUGCCAGUAGAGAUGGUUUUACAAACUGGCCCAACCCAGAUUACAUCUCACAAACCUUGCACGUUAUAGAUUUUCUAGCCUCCAGGUAUGGAAGACAUCCUGCCUUGUUGGGAAUUGAGCUUUUAAACGAACCAUCUGAAGCCGCAGUCCCAUUGGAUAUUUUAGUUUCAUAUUACAAACAAGGUUACCAAACUGUUCGGAAAUACUCACCAUCAGCUUAUGUAAUAAUUUGCCAAAGAAUUGGCAAUGCAGAUCCAAUGGAGCUUUAUCAGGCUAACAUUGGAUCACAUAAUUUAGUGAUAGAUUUGCAUUAUUACAAUCUCUUUGAUGCUUUCUUUGUUAAUAUGAGUUCUGCGGAUAAUAUACAAUUCAUUUACAAGAGCAGGGAAGCUCAACUUCAGUCCCUGAACAGCGCAAAUGGCCCACUUGUUUUCAUCGGGGAAUGGGUGAAUGAGUGGAAUGUAACAAGCGGUUCUCAGACAGAAUAUCAAGACUUUGGGAAGGCCCAGUUAGAGGUUUAUGACACAGCUUCAUUUGGAUGGGCAUAUUGGACACUAAAAAAUGACAGAAAGCACUGGGAUUUUGAAUGGAACAUCAGGAACAAUUAUCUUCAAUUGGGUAAGUCAGCCAAGACUCAGAAUUUUAAAAGUCUAAUAUUGUUAGGACUAGCAUGUACCUUUUCCCAUCUCCAUCAAAUAUCGUGACAAAAUACACCUCGAAGGCUUUAAGACUCAUAAUUGGAGAGGAUUUAUCCAAAGGCGGCUUUUCAUUCUUGUUUCUGAUCAAUCAUAUUAUUCUUAUUGUUUUGUAAAAUAAUUUAAAUCUUAUGAUGUUGUCAAAUCAGAUUACAGCAUCUUAUUGUGAAUCAUUCAAUAAUAGAGAAAUUUUUUCUUC